AUGUCAGAGGCCACUUCAUCCCAUGCGCAGAGCGCCGGUGGCGUGAUUAUAUACCUACGCCAGGAGAGCCGUGGCAUUGGCCUGAGCGAAAAGCUGAAGGCAUACAAUUUGCAAGAUCUGGGGAACGACACCGUUGAGGCCAAUCUUAUACUUCGACACCCUGCAGAUGCUCGCAGCUAUGGUUUGGCAACCGCGAUGCUUGUGGAUCUCGGGCUGGGAGCUGACUCCCAGAACAAUAAUGGGAUUCGUUUAUUAACGAAUAACCCGGAUAAAGUCAUUGCUGUUGAAGGUCCCAAUCGUGAAGUCAUUGUGAAGGAGAGAGUUCCCAUGAUCCCGCUGGCAUGGCGAUCAGGCGGACAGAAAGGCAUCCGGAGUUCGGAAAUUGAGGAGUAUCUGAGGACUAAAAUCGGGAAAAUGGGACAUAUGCUCGAGUAG